CACCAACCAAGAAGAGUUCCAAGAAUGUGCAAGUGAAGCUAACCUUCAAGGGCAUGGCGAGGCGAUCUUGAUUCUUGACGAAGAAGCUCAUUUUGGGUAGGCAGUCAAGUCUUGAAGUCUUCUUUCUUCCGCUUGAGCUUCUAGCUCCGGUCUCUUCUGGGUUCAUUUAAGGACCUGACUUCCUCUGUUGCUACCAUGUCAAUGCUAUCAAAGCUACGGUGUAUCACAAUAGAUGUUACUGGUACUCUCAUAGCCUAUAAAGGGGAGCUCGGUGACUACUACUGCAUGGCAGCAAAAUCAGUUGGGCUCCCAUGCCCAGACUACAAGCGUGUGCAUGAAGGCUUUAAACUUGCAUAUUCAGAAAUGGCAAGGAAGUAUCCGUGCUUUGGAUUUGCAGCGAAAAUGCCAAACACUGUCUGGUGGAAGACUUGUGUGAGAGAUUCAUUUAUCCGAGCAGGAUAUGAGUAUGAUGAAGAAACAUCUGAGAAGAUAUUUAGACGUAUAUAUGCUUCUUUCGGUUCUUCUGCGCCUUACAAACUGUUUCCGGACUCUCAACCAUUCUUGAGGUGGGCACGGGAGAAGGGCCUGAAAGUUGGAAUAGUGAGCAAUGCCGAGUACAGGUAUAAGGAAGUCAUUCUUCCAGCCCUGGGAUUAAAUGAGGGCUCGGAGUGGGACUUUGGUGUAUUCUCUGGUCUGGAAGGUGUGGAGAAACCAGACCCGAGGAUAUACGAGAUAGCUUUGGAGAGGGCUGGGAAUAUUGCACCUGGAGAAGCACUGCACAUUGGUGACAGCAUGCGCAAGGAUUAUGUGCCAGCAAAGAGCAUUGGGAUGCACGCUCUGAUAUUGGACAGGUUUAAGACGCCCUAUGCUGAGGAAUGGAGGAAAUCUGGUGCUGUUGUCCUCCCGGACUUGAUUGCAGCCCAGGAAUGGCUUACUUUGGAGAAUAGUACCUUACCAUGAGGAUGAGGACGGACGAGGUUCUGUUUGUUUCUUCCUGCAAAAAUUAAUUGCCAUCGUAUGUACUAUGUUGCUGCUCGCUCUUUGAUCAAAUCCAAUUCAAUGAGCCCUGCCUGAGGACAUUAACUUGACCUUUCCAUUAUGAGGGAGAUACAGUAAUAUGGCAUUCACUAGGCUGGGUUAUAAUUCGACCACAGCCAUAUCACAGAUACACUAAUAUCUGUUUCAUACCA